AUGUUACUGAUUCAACAAUCAUCAUUCUGCUUUCGUCUAUGGACUAGCCGAUCACUGCCUUUUCUUGUUGUUAACUGUCGGAAACGAUAUGAUAGUGGUCAUUUAGAAUUUAGCGAUGCUGAAGAAUGUACACUUGUAAAUGAAGUCGAUUCUUACGAUGACAGAAGUCGUUCAUCGAUAACACAACAAUUCGAACCAUUGUGUGAUUAUUCAGAUCAAAGGGCAAAUUCUUCAGGAAGUGUAAUUGAUAUUUCAAACAAUGAGAAUAACGCAUCAGCUGUUUGCGUCUAUCACCAUCAAUUAACUCCGCUCAAGUAUCAUCAUUAUCAUCGAAGAUCUACUCCACGACCUUUCGAUCGAAGAAAUUAUUCGUCAAUUCGUUUUGAUGCCCAUCGUUCAUUUGAACCAACAAUGCUCAGAAAUGAACAAUUAGAAACGUUCAAACCAUGUACAUCCAGAACUACUCUUCAUCAACUGACAAUGUGUCAUUCACUAAAGACAGCUGAAAUAUCAGAUCUUAAACAGAAUAAAACUUGUCGAGGUCAAUCAAAUCAAGAAGUUUUGUCAAUAAUGUAA